AUGGCUCGUGCCUUGUUGAAGAGUGCCAAAUUGGUAGAUCUUUUUGGGCCACAUACCAAGAGCACUCCCCAUGAAAUUUGGAAAGGGAAGAAACCAAAUGUGAAGCAUUUAAGGACUUUUGGUAGUAAAUGCUACAUCUACAAAGACAAGGAGUAUCUUGGAAAAUUUGAUGCAAGAAGUGAUGUUGGAAUAUUUCUUGGUUAUUUUAUGAAUAGUUGA